AGGGUACCAGAGGACAUGCCAUUAUACGAUAUUCUUAAUGAAUUCCAAAAAGGUCACAGUCACCUUGCUGUGGUAUAUAAGGACCUGAAUAAGAACAAGGAAAGACUUGAGUUUAAGGACAGCUGUAAGAUGCGAGGAGGCGAGCCUGAGACAUCAAGAAAAGAUGAUCGUAAAAUUGGUGGAAGUUCCCAAAGGUUGGGGCUUAAUUUGGACUCACUAGAUGUUCAAGCAUCUGUGACUAACAGUGAUGGAGGUCAGCAGACAAAGAAGAGUCCACCAGUUACUCCUGCCUUUAAGAAGCGGCACAGAGGUUGUUCAUACUGCAUAUUGGACAUUGAAAAUGGUCCUAUUCCUGAAUUCCCAUCAAAUGAAGAGGUAGUUGGUGUUAUCACCAUGGAGGAUGUUAUCGAAGAACUUCUUCAGGAGGAGAUAUUGGACGAGACGGAUGAGUAUGUCAACAUCCACAACAGGAUAAAGAUCAACAUGCAUGCAUCUCAGGAAAAUGUUCCAAGUUUGAAUUCAAAACGACCUUUCACCAAUGACAGUGGCAUCCCAACCCCUGCAUCACCGUCGCCCUCGGUACAUUACCCUAUACAUUCCCCUGCAUCCCCCAACUUAACAGCCCCUGGUCCUACUCCAACCCUUUCAGUAUCUAGUGGUACUUCAAAUACCGGUUCACCUGCCGCAGCAUUUCAAGUUCUGGGAGGAGAAUCAUUAAAGGAUAGGUGAAGCUUCAGCUUCUUCUUUUCCCAUAUGAUGUUAUAGUUAAAUGCUCAUAGUAAUAAAAGAACAUGAAGUUAAGAUUUAGUUACUUGGUAAGAACAAAACAACUGACACUACUUGGCUUUAGGCCAGAUUGUGUGUAAGAUAUAUGCAGUCGUAAAGAGAAUGGAUGCUUCUUGUGUUUUGAUAUAUUGUCAAAGAACUCCUAUAUAGACAUCAUCCUAUGUAGCAUUAAAGAUAGAUCUUGAUUCUUUUGCCUAAGUUCGGCUUGCAAUCUUCUCUUGUUGAGGUCUAGCGGUGUAAAAUAGACUUCUCCAUUUAAAAGGAGGGGGAAAAAUCAAAAUUUACUGAA